AAAGCCGGGCUGGGUGACGAGGCCGGACGGCAGCUGCGCGCAUGCGCAGAAGAAAAGCGAGGGGCCCAAGCUCCGCGGCCGGCCUGGCUUGAGCAAUUUUGACAAGAUGCAAGACCCCAACGCAGACACUGAAUGGAAUGACAUCUUACGCAAAAAGGGCAUCUUGCCCUCAAAGAAAAGUUUGAAUGAACUGGAAAAGGAGGCGGAAGAGGAAGAAGAGCGAGUCCUCCAGCAGUCAGUUGUGAAAACUUAUGAAGAUAUGACUUUGGAAGAAUUGGAGGAUAAUGAAGACGAAUUUAAUGAGGAAGAUGAACGAGCUAUUGAAAUGUACAGGCAGCAGAGACUGGCUGAGUGGAAAGCAACUCAACUGAAGAGUAAAUUUGGAGACGUUUUGGAGAUCUCAGGAAAGGAUUAUGUUCAGGAAGUUACCAAAGCUGGAGAGGGCUUGUGGGUGAUCUUGCACCUUUACAAACAAGGAAUUCCCCUCUGUGCCCUGAUAAAUCAACACUUGAGUGGACUUGCCAGGAAGUUUCCUGACGUCAAGUUUAUCAAAGCCAUUUCAACAACCUGCAUACCCAACUAUCCUGAUAGGAAUCUGCCCACAAUAUUUGUUUACCUUGAAGGUGAUAUCAAGGCUCAAUUUAUUGGACCUCUCGUGUUUGGUGGCAUGAACCUGACAAGAGAUGAGUUGGAGUGGAAAUUGUCUGAGUCUGGAGCGGUCAAGACAGACCUGGAGGAAAACCCUAAGAAACCCAUUGAAGACGCCUUGCUGUCCUCGGUGCGGUGCGCCGUCCCCAGAAGAGGGGGCAGCGACUCUGAGGACGACUGAGGCUGGGCUGGGGUGGUGCGCUGAGUUUUCCCGACGUCACAAACUGUCUGGAUCCUUUUAAAAAGGAAAAAGUAGGAACGAAUCCUUUGGUUUUUAGCCUUUUAUAAUUAUGUUUCAAAUUUCAUAGAUCUCAGAAAUAUCAUUGCUGGGAACCCUACUGAAUUUCUUAGAACUCUUUUUACAUUAAUAUUUUCUUAAAAUAAAAACCAACUAUGGGU